AUGGUCACACUGGCCAGUAGCAUCUUGCAGCACUACAUUUAUGGUGUUAUUGGAGAAACGGCAAUGAAACACCUAAGAGAGGCCCUCUUUUCAUCUGUGCUCCGAAAUGAGCUUGGUUGGUUUGAAAAGCCAAAGAAUGGUGUAGGAUCUCUUACCUCACGCAUUGUCAGUGACACAUCAACUGUAAAGAGCAUCAUAUCUGAUAGGAUGGCAGUCAUUGUGCAAUGCAUCUCUUCAAUCCUGAUAGCAACAACGGUAAGCAUGUUCGUCAACUGGAGGAUGGGUUUAGUGUCAUGGGCAGUCAUGCCAUGCCAUUUCAUCGGCGGCCUUAUCCAAGCCAAGUCAGCCAAGGGAUUUUACGGCGACGCUGCUAUCGCUCACCAGGAGCUCGUGUCCCUUGCUUCGGAGGCUGCUAGCAACAUCCGGACCGUGGCAUCCUUUGUUUAUGAAGAUGAAAUCAUGAAGAAAGCAGAACUGUCACUGCAAGAACCCAUGAGAAUCACCAAGAUUGAGAGCAUGAAGUAUGGGAUAAUCCAAGGGAUCUCGCUCUGCCUGUGGAACAUCGCACAUGCAGUGGCACUCUGGUACACCACAGUUUUGGUCCAGAGAAAGCAAGCAUCAUUUGAGAACAGCAUACGGUCAUACCAGAUAUUCUCGCUCACGGUGCCUUCCAUCACAGAGUUAUGGACCCUGAUUCCCAUGGUCAUGUCAGCCAUAACAAUACUGAAUCCUGCAUUUGACAUACUAGACAGAGAGACGCAGAUUGUGCCAGAUGAACCAAAAGCGACAAGUGACCGCUGGCUCGUGGGGAGAAUUGAGUUUCAGGGUGUGAACUUCAACUAUCCAUCACGCCCAGAGAUCACCAUUCUGGAUGGCUUCAAUCUAGUCAUCGAGCCUGGCCAAAGGGUAGCAUUGGUUGGCCCAAGCGGUGCAGGAAAAUCCUCUGUCCUGGCUCUCAUACUGAGAUUCUACGAUCCGCACAGAGGUACAGUGCUAGUUGACAACAAAGACACAAGGGACUACAACCUCAGAUGGCUCAGGAGGCAAAUUGGAUUAGUUCAACAGGAACCAAUUCUGUUCAACACAUCCAUCAGAGAUAACAUUAGUUAUGGAAGUGAAGAAUCUUCAGAAACUGAAAUCAUCCAGGCUGCCAUGGACGCAAACAUUCACGAGUUCAUCAGCGGUUUGCCAGAAGGGUACGGCACAGUCGUUGGAGACAAAGGAGGUCAGCUUUCAGGAGGGCAGAAACAGCGCAUAGCUAUCGCAAGAACUCUACUAAAGAGGCCAGACAUUCUGCUUCUUGACGAGGCAACUAGCGCACUCGAUGGUGAGUCUGAGAGGGUGGUGAUGACUUCUUUAGGGGCCAAGGAGUGGAACAACAGAGGUGAGCGAUCAAGCAAUAUUACAAGCAUCACAGUGGCGCAUAGAUUGUCCACAGUCAUAAAUGCAGACAUGAUUGUUGUGAUGGAGAAAGGGAAGGUGGCUGAAACCGGUGACCACCAAACACUGAUAUCUGCAGAUGAUGGUGUUUACUCAAGGCUGUUUCACUUGCAAAGCAACAUGAAGGAUUGA